AUGAGCACAGCAAUCCCAGUGCCGUCCAGUCCCUGCUUUGGGCCCGGGCAAAGCCUUGUUUUCAACCCGCUGCCUCUUGGUCACUACCAACCACACGACCAGCGACACAACCAGCACCACCAACCUUCAGCAGAGCCGACGCAGCAUCAAAAGCCCGCCGCACGGCCGUCGCCACCGCAACAGCAGCAGUGCUCAUCGGGGAGCGCCGAGUCUUGUCCACAAAACAAGAAAAAGACAAAGGCUUCUUCGAGCGGCAAGCGCGCACAAGAGCUGGUCCCGCCUCCAAGACUCGAGAUCAGGGGCAAAGACGUGGACGACAAGGCCCUCAUCUCACCAUUGAUGCUAUCCGAGAGCCCGAGGACGGCGACGGCGGUGGGAGGGGCUGCUGGUGGUGGUCAUGGAUAG